UACAUUUUCAAUUCAAAAUUUUCUUUAGUGUCAUUAAAACAAAGCAAGAAGUGUAGUAUCAAAAUAUCGAAAAAUGGAGAAACCGUUACCUAAAAAAAGAGUUGCAACCAAAGGUGAUAAAUCAUUCAAACAAUCAAAACCAAUACGGCGCUCAGCACGUUUAAAGAAUAAUCUUUACUUGUGUUCAAAAUUUAAUAAUAACAAUAAAAAUUUAUUAAAUCCUGAAUUGCAUUUGACAUCACAAGUAUCAAAACAAGAAACAGAACCACUACAACAAGGGUGUCAUACAUCGAUACAACAAUUACCAAAUGAAAUAUUAUUGCAUAUAUUUAAAUUUCUAAGUACAAGUGAUUUAUGGUUUAAUGUACAAUUUGUUUGUCGUCAAUGGGAAGAGUUAUCGAAAUGUCAUUCUUUAUGGGAGACAAUCGACGCAGAUGGAGAUGUCCCAACAAAUGUGCUACAGGAAUGGUUAAAGAUUGCACCAUCAUUAAAAACUUUAAAAUUGCGUAGACGUAAAGAUGCUGAUAUUGUUAUUGAACAGGCAUCCAAAUUGAAUCGACAAUUAGUUACAAUUGAAGCACGUGAUUGUUGGGGAUCAAGUUUUCGACGUAACGUCAAAUCCAAACCAUUGUGUAAUUUACUACGCCGUUGUCCAAUGUUAUCCAAUAUUAAUUUUGAAGGUACACGUUUUAUCUCCUGUAAAUUUUACAAGCUAAUGGCAAAACAUACUCCAUUACAUUCAUCAUUGAUAAAACGUCGUAAAUCAUUAAAAACUCAAAAUACCAAAGUGAAUCCAAUUAAUUAUUCUGGAUGUGCAAAUGGCCGUCAAAUUAAAGCAUUUUUGUUAGCUCGAAAUUCAAAAACCAAUCAUCAAUCAGCCAGCGUUUUAUUCGAAGGACUGUGUCAACGACAAUCAUGGCAAUUAUCUGAUGAUUAUGAAGUUGUACGACAUGCAAUAAAUUUAAAUUAUCACAUGCCUGCUGUACCUCCUUGCGAAUUUAGAGAUGUACACAGAAUGUGUGAAAUUGGGCAUGAUCACGUUCAUUUGUUGGAACCUCUGCUAGAUGAAAAUGAGAUGGAUUUAGAAGAAAGACAAGAAGUGCUUUUAGAAAACAUUGAUCAAAUGUUGGAAUAUAUUGGAUUGUAG